AUGAGCACGGCUGCGGCCCCCACACCAAAGCUGCGGUCACGCUCCGUCAACACAACCCAAGGCAGCGUGCCCGGCGCAAAGCCGGCUCUGCGCGGUUCCUCUAAAGUGAGGACGAGGUCGACGCGCGUGACGCCGACUCCGUUCUCAGAGGUGCAGCCACGCAGGGCGGCGACGUCAUCCUCGUCGUCUGUGACCCGCCGUACCAUUCGCACGGUAAAGCCGAUCACAGUGGGCCAGCCGUGCGUCACGGUGGUUGGGGAGAACAAGCCGCAGGCUUGCAGCGGCGCUGAAGGGUUUCCGUCAUCGCUUCCCACCAGCACCUCUCACGUGGGCGAUGGAGUCAGGGCGCCGUUGUCGACAGCGGACGUGUCCAAGAUGUCUGCAAACUGUGCCAAGUUGUCGAGUGGCGUCACUGCCGCCACCCCUCACAUGGGACUGCACAACAGCUCGACUUCACGAGUGGACUCGACGUGCAGCAGCCUGAGGGGUAGCAGUGACAAGGGCUCUGCGGAUCCUCGACAGCGCCCUCCACCGGUGCCGCGUGUGGGCCAGCUCUCCAGUAACGUCCCUGUGACGCGGUUUGCUGCGAUGGAGACGCCGCUGCCUCUUCGGCGCACGGCCACCGCCGCGACGAUUAUCACCACGGCAAGCGCGCCCGGCUCGCAAUUCUGCAGCCGUACCCCUUCCGUGCAUGAGAUGGCCGCUCCCUUAUCUCCGCGCCGAGCUCCACCGUCGGCGCGGCCGUACGCUUCAGCGCCAGCCUCCCGCGUCAGUUCAGUCAACUCGAGACUCGCAGAGGGGACAGCACGUCUCGUGCGUCAACCGCCGCAGCGCCUGCACACCAGUUCGACGCGCCUUUUCGUGACAAAGCGAAGCAGCAGCGCAGCUACAACCGCAGCAUCCACGACGACCCCCAGCCGUACCGCUCCCUCUUCCCACGCAGUUGUGGCGGCGACGGACGGCGCAGGGAAUACGCCUUCCACGUCCCUGGGAGCGCCGCCGCGCUCGAUGGGCACGCGGCCUUUGCUGGGAACAAAUUGCGUUUCCACACCCAAGAGCGGGUGCGCCAAUGGCGCACCUCGUCUGCGUGCUCUUCACCCCAGUACGCAAUCUGCUUUACGCGUCGACAGGGGGCCUCGCAGCGCUCGCGGUGGGGCCAGCAACGGGAACAAGAGCUACUCAGCCAGCUGCACAGCGACGCGCGGGACGUCGCGCCAGGCGCCGGCGCGGCAGCAGCAGCAUCAGCAGCCCUUAUCGGCGCGGUGCGCAGCGGGAGCCUCGUUGACGCGCAAAACAACGCGGAAGGUUGGUGGCGACAGCGCCCCUGUCGCUAUAGCCCGCGCACCGCCUGCCCCCUUCCAGCAGACGCACACUGGAUGCCCGCCGUUUCUGUCAUUUGCGAGCUGCGUAAAGGGAUCGCCCGCGUCUGCGGCGCCGAAAGGCCCCGUCUCCCCGAUCAAGCGAACUUCCACGGCGUGCCCCAGCGCUGCUCAACGCUACCGAGCUCCAUCGGUGGACAACCCAGCGCGCGUCAGCGAGGGGCGUGCUUCGUCGAUCAACGACGCUGCCUUCGCAAGCCCGUGGAUUAAGCCUGGCAUGCUCUCCAGCCCCACCAACUGCGGCGGCGGCCGUGACGCCAGCGAAGCCCCCACCAUUCCUUACGAAGGCUCCACAGGGCAGCGCGGCUCCAUGUCGCUGUCUCCGCGCACCGACUUCGACACCCUCUCCGUCUCUGGACGCCUGAGCUACGGCGCUUAG